AUGUGGCAGGUAAGGGAACUUACUGGUAGUGUUCUCAUUUCAAGCGCAACCGUUUGGGCUACUACUCAUGGUCAACCAUUGUUCCCUUACGAAGAGAAUUCACUCACAGAUGAUAAGCUUCAACAACUUAUCGAAUCCAACGAGGUCAAGGAGGCGGCACCCCUAUUUGCGUUUGACCACGGAACCGGCGUUCUAGACCCGGACCGUCUGAAAAGCGGUGCCUGCAAGGCGUAUCCCGGAGACGCCCAAUGGCCCCCUCAGUCAACAUGGGACAUGUUCGACAGGAUGCUUGGCGGCGCACUCAUCAAGACGGUGCCUCUGGCUGCGCCUUGCUACCGCAACCUGGGCGUUUAUGACCCCAACAAAUGCCAGGCUGUACGCGAUUCGUUCUUCAAUCAGUACACCCAUGAAAAUGACCCAACGUCCAUCUUCUGGCCAUUGUACCAAGGCAGGACUUGCAUGCCGACCGGUGACCCCGACAAUGGCACCUGCACGCAUGGGGGCUUUCCCAUCUAUGCUGUGAACAUCAGCAACGUCGGCCAGAUUCAGCUCGCAAUCAACUUCGCGCGUAACGCCAACCUGCGGCUAGUUAUAAAGAACACGGGUCAUUGCUACCUGGGGAAGUCCAGCGGAGCCGGCGCGCUGAGUAUCUGGACCCACAACCUCAAGGACAUCACCUACUAUGAGCGUCUUGAGAUACCGGGCUAUUCCGGCCCUGCCCUGAAGAGCGUCGGCUACGCCGGGGGAUACAUUGCCGGCGGCGGACACACCCCUCUUUCGGGCCUAUACGGCAUGGCGGCCGACCACGUCAUGGCUCUCGAGGUGGUGACGGCAGACGGACGCUUCAUAACCGCCUCGCCCGAAGAGAAUCAGGACCUCUAUUGGGCGCUGCGCGGCGGCGGUGGCGGCACUUUCGGCGUGGUCACCUCCAUAAUCAUCAGGGUCCACCCCAAACUCCCCGUCGUGACCUCGUCCUUCAGCUUCAGCACCUCCCGCACAGUCAGCGCCGACGCAUUCUGGGAAGCCAUGCGCACCUACCUUUCGCUCUUCGUCCCCUUCACAGACGCAGGAACCUACUCCUGGUUCGUGCUGAGCAGCUCAGGCAACGGCUCGUUCACCUUCAGCAUGGAGCCGUUCUUUGCGCCAAACCACACGCUAGCCUCCUUCGACGCGCUCGUCAAGCCCUGCAAUGUCGUGCUCAACGGUGCGGGCCGUGUCGCGGUGCCAAGCAACCGGCUCAUCCCGCGGGCCAACUUCGAAGACCCCAUGUCGGCCAAGUUCAACGCCACGUUCGCCACCAUCCGCCGGCACAGCGAGGCGGGCCACCGGCUGAUGGGCUACCACCAGGCGCCGCGGAACCGGGCCAACGCCGACAACGCCGUCAGUUCGGCCUUCAGGCACGUCGUGUGCUUCCUGAUCCUCAGCGCGCCGCCGCUCACGGCGGACUCCACGCCAGCAGAAGUGGGCGCCGCAUCUAGGGUGCUGAAGGAGGAAAUCAUCCCGGCGUUCAAGGCGAUCGCGCCGGUGAGCGAGUUUGGCGGCGCGUAUCUAAACGAAGCAAAUGUGGACGAGCCCGAGUGGCAAGGCAACUUCUACGGGACGCAGUAUCCACGGCUGCUGGAGCUGAAGAGGAAGUGGGAUCCUCGCGAGGUGUUCUACGCGACCACGGCGGUGGGCAGCGAGGGCUGGGAGGUCAGAGACGGAGACCAAGGGGUUCAGACGCAGAACGGGAGGUUGUGUCGAGUCUAG